AUGGCCGACGACAUCUCACGAAGCAACAAUGACCGCAUUGAGGUCGAGGUCGAGAAGGAGAAUAUUGAAAACCUCGAAAACAUUACUGAGCAGCAGCAGAAUGUCCUUCCUCACAUUGACCCGGCUCGCCGAAUCGUUGUUGAGAAGACCCUCAAGCGCAAGCUCGAUGCUCGUUGCAGUCUGUUCGUCCUCAUCUACAUCAUGAACUACCUUGACCGCAACAACAUCUCAGCGGCUCGUUUGAAGGGCCUUCAAGAGGACCUUAGCCUCUCAGAUACCCAGUACUCGACAUGUCUGAGUAUUCUGUACGUUGGCUACAUUCUGAUGCAGGUGCCUUCCAACAUGUUCAUCAACCGCAUUUCCCGACCAUCAAUCUACAUUGCCAUCGCAAUGACCCUCUGGGGUCUUAUCUCGACUUGCUCCGGAUGGGCUAAGAACUUUGGCCACAUGGUUGCCAUCCGGUUCCUGCUGGGUUUCGUUGAGGCCGCCUUCCUUCCCGGUGCUCUGCUUAUCCUCUCCAAGUGGUAUACUCGCAGGGAGCUGACUACUCGGAAUGCCGUUCUGUUCUGUGGUAACCUUAUCUCGAAUGCCUUCUCCUCCCUUGUUGCUGCAGGUGUCCUUUCCAACAUGGAUGGUGUCCUGGGACAUGCUGCUUGGCGCUGGCUGUUCUGGAUCGAGGGUGCUAUUACCAUGACUAUUGCUCUCUCCUCUGCCUUUAUCCUGCCUGACCUUCCUACCAAUGCACGUGGGUUCACUGAGGAGGAGCGUCUGGUUGCACAGCUUCGUCUUCUCGAGGAUGUUGGUGAGGCCGAUACCGACUCUGAGGAGCAAAGCCCCUUCACAGGUCUGAUCAUGGCCCUGAAGGACUGGAAGAUCUACAUCAUGAUGUUGUCUUUCACUGCCUACGUUGUUGGACUGUCUUUCAACGCUUUCUUCCCUACCCUUACCGGUACCCUCGGCUUCUCGGAAAUCCCCACUCUCCUCCUGAGUGCUCCUCCUUGGGUCUUCUCCUGUAUCUUCUCUGUCGUCAACGCCUGGCACGCCGAUAGAACCCAAGAAAAGAUCUGGCAUAUUUACGGUCCUAUCAUGAUGGGCCUUGUUGGUUUUAUCAUCAGCAUGUCUACUCUGAACGUCGCAGCCCGUUACGUCGCCCUCUUCUUGCAAGCCGGUUCUUACGCCGGUUUCAUCUUCCUCAUUCCCUCGUCCCCGGCCAAGCGAGCGGUCGCCCUUGCCCUCAUCAACGCCUUCAGUCAACUCGGUAACGUUGCCGGCUCAUACGUGUGGGACCUUUCGGAGAACGGCUACCGCAAGAGUUACGGUAUUGUCACGGCCAUGUUCGGCAUUACAAUUGUUGGUUUCUGGCUGUUCCGUAUGAUCCUCGUCAACCUCAACAAGCAGCUUUCCGAGGCCGAGGUGGCGGAUGAAGACCAGGGUGGCGACUUCAUUGUCAGUGCCAACGAGUCGCUGUGCAUGCGCAAGGGGUUCAGAUAUUUGGUCUAG